AUGACCAUCCUCACGGGUCGCCCUCUCAACUGGGCCAUCACGGCCACGGCCGGAUCAGGUUUCUUGUUAUUCGGUUACGAUCAAGGUGUAAUGUCAGGUCUCCUCACCGGCUACGCCUUCACCCGGACGUUCCCCGAGAUCGACACCACCAACGGCGGCGGCGGCAGCUCAUCGCUGCAGGGCACCGUCGUAGCCAUCUACGAGAUUGGAUGCUUCUUCGGCGCCAUUUUUUGUCUGAUCUUUGGCGAGCGGCUUGGACGCCGCAAGUGCAUCAUGCUUGGCUGCAUCGUGCUGAGCAUCGGAGCCGCGUUGCAGGCCGCCUCUUUUGGAAUCCCUCAGUUGAUCGUCGGAAGAAUCGUAGCGGGUCUAGGCAAUGCUGUUUGGCACUCCGAGUUGAUGAAGGCCGAUAACCGAGGCAAGGGUCUCGCCAUCGAGCUCGCCAUCAACAUCUUUGGAGUGGCCCUCAGUUACUGGGUCGACUACGGCAUGAGCUACGUCGGAAACGACUCGCAGUUCCGCUUCCCCCUCGCCCUGCAGAUCCUCUUCGCCGUCGUCACCUUCCUCGGCGUCCUCGUCCUGCCCGAGUCCCCCCGUUGGCUCAUCGCCCACGACCGCCACGACGAAGCCCGCCACAUUCUGUGGGCCGUCGAGAAGGACGCCCACUCCAUCACCGAGAACGACCCCAAGCUGCAGGCCAACCUCGCCGAGAUUCAAGCCGCCAUCCGCGAGGAGCGCGAGGCCGCCAACACCGGAUCCUUCAAGAUGAUGUUCAAGAACGGCGACCAGAAGUUCUUCUACCGCACCAUGCUGGGUAUCGGCGGUCAGUUCAUGCAGCAGCUGUCCGGCAUCAACCUGAUCACCUACUACGCUCCCGUCAUCUUCCAGGAGUCCGUCGGCAUGUCGCACAACCUCUCCCUCCUCCUCGCCGGCUUCAACGGCAUCGCCUACUUCUUCUCCUCCCUCAUCCCCAUCUGGGUCAUCGACCGCCUCGGCCGCCGCAAGCUCAUGCUCUUCGCCGCCGCCGGCCAGUGCGCCUGCAUGGCCAUCCUCGCCGGCACCGUCUCCAACGGCAGCGUCCCCGCAGGCAUCGUCGCCAUCGUCAUGCUCUUCCUCUUCAACUUCUUCUUCGCCGUCGGCCUGCUCGCCAUCCCCUGGCUGCUGCCCGCCGAGUACGCCCCGCUGGCCAUCCGCACGCGCGCCGCCGCCCUCGCCACGGCCUCCAACUGGAUCUUCACCUUCCUCGUCGUCGAGAUCACGCCCGUCAGCAUCAACAGCAUCGGCUGGCGCACCUACGUCUACUUCUGCGUCUUCAACUUCUUCUUCAUCCCCCUCAUCUGGUUCUUCUACCCCGAGACGCAGAACCUCAGCCUCGAGCAGAUCGACCGUCUCUUCACCGGCGGAAAGGUGCAGCUGCACUGGAAGGCGAGCAUGGGCACCCCCGGCGAUGCGACGCACGGUGCUGUCGAGAAGGACUCCGAGUCUGGCUCUGGAGAGCUUCGUGUGGAGAACAAGGAAUUUGGCCAGUAG